AUGUCCUCCCCACCACCCCCAGGCAACCCCCUCAAACGCCCCUCCAUCUCCUCGACAACCUCGCAGUCCGCCAAACGCCCUCGCAUGCACCCCCUUCGCCAGACCUCCUUCCCGACGACCAUCGACACGGACGCGCGCACCCUCGGCGCCACCAGCGACGCCGGCAGCGUCACCGGCAGCUUCACGGGCAGUCUGGGCGGGACGAGCGCGGACGGCGUGUUCCGGACGAGCAAGAAGCGCGGGCGCAAGAGCAAAGCGGAGAAGGAGCGCGAGCGCGAAGACGCGGCCAGCGUGCGCGGGGCGGCCGAUGGACGGCUCUCGGUCGACGCGGAGGGCGCGUCGGUGCGUGCUGGUGGUAAUGCAGCUGGCGGCGGCGGCGGUGGCGACGACGACGACGACGAGGAUUUUGAAGAUGAGGGGGAGUUGUUGGGGAGGGAGGAGGGGACGACGGAUACGGAGGCUGAGAAGAAGAAUCUUGCCCUCCUGGUCGACGCCUUCAACCCGCUCCAGUCCGAACGAUACGACCUCUUCAAGCGAGCCAAGCUGCGCAAAGAAACGCUGCGCCGCAUCGUCAACCACGCGCUCUCGCAGUCUGUCCCCGCCAGCGUGGUCACCACCAUCAACGGCUUCACGAAAGUGUUUGCCGGCGAGAUCAUUGAAAAGGCCCGCACCGUGCAGAUGGAGUGGGCGGCCGCCCACGACCAGGCGGCCUUGGCCCGGUUCGAAGCCGAGGGCGACGGUGCCACGGUGAAACAGGAGGAGGGCGCCCCGGAUGCGCCGGCGAGUCGGCCCCCACGCGUGUUCACGCCGCCGCCCAACCCGCACCGGGGCCAGCUCCUCCCGUCGCACUUGCGCGAGGCGCUACGGCGGGCAGACAGACGCAGGUCUACUCAUCAGCCAAGCCCACCGGCUCACCUCUCCCAUGGCUCUCUCGCUGUGGCGACAUUGUGGGAUCCGUUGAUGCCAUUGUCGCCAAGACGCUCCAAUGCUCGAAUAGGGCUGAACGGCGUCGAUAGUCGCUGCGACUCCAUCGUGAUUCGGGUCGAUAGCGCCGUCGGAUGGCGUCACUUGUCGUUAUCUUCGCGCAUUCCCCUUCCUCAGUCAUGGCGCAAUCGGUCGCUGCAAUUGGAAAACCUGGAGCCCGUCCUGAUCGGCUCUCCCUCUCGUGACGUUACGUCCGACUGCCGUCGCAUUCGGUUCUCCCGCGGUUGGAAUGCGUGCGUGCGUGUGCCCGGGAAUGGGGAAUGUCGCCUCCCCUGA